AUGGAGAACGGAGAAGAGCACUUUCUCGAUACCCUCGCCAGAAUGCUUGAUUCUGUGCCAGAAGAUGCCGCCGCUCACGGUUGGUCGGUUCACAUAGCGAAGGAACCUUCGAGAAUGCUGCAGCAGUGGGUGGAGUGUCUGAUCUUCGGGAAUCAGCAUGGCUUGACGUUACCCGACGACGCACCGCGACGAAGAGUGGGAGCGGAACAUUUCAUGAGUCAUAUCAAGCAGUCCAUAAAUAUCCUCAUGCCUGAGAAGUGGCACAUAUAA